CUGAAACUGACUUAGAAAACCUCCGAUUUCCGCCAUUGUUUCAUGUGCAAGAAAAAUUCCACGAAACUGAGAUAGAAAACCUCCGAUUUCCGCCGCAGCUCUUCCUGCCCACAGCGAAGUACAGAGUAAGAUUUGAUUAGCGAAGAUGAAGGGGUACGGACACGUUUGGACGAGGAAGAUUAGUAAAUCUGCAAGACUGGAUAGCUACACGCCACUCUGGGAAGCUGAAAUCGACAAAGAAAACCUCCGAUUUCCGGCGGUGUUUCAUUUUCAAAAUAGUGAAAGUCCUCCGCGUGAAUUUCCGACGGCGGAGGAAGACGGGGACUUCUCAGUCUCAAGAAAGAAACACCCAGUGACCGCUUACCUUGAAGCGGAAGUAGUCAAAGAAGAGAAAAGAAUGUGUAAAAGAAGCAGUGAAGAACAUGCUCCCCAUAUUGAAGAAGACAGAGUUCGUUGCGUACCUGAGAAUAAGAAGGAAGGGACGGAGAAAGUGAGGCCAAUGUUAACCUUCUGGACUUUGAAACAAGAAGAGGAGGAAAUGAGAGGAGGAAACCUAGCAGAUGACAAGGGAAUGGGUACGGCCAUCCAGGCCAUUACACUUGUUCUUACCAAGCUGGAAAUACAUCAAUCGACCAGGUCAUCCUCGGUGUUGCCGGAAACAAAAUAUACCCUAGUUAUUUGCACUGAGGUUGCUAUUAUUAAGCAAUGGAAAAGUGGAAGAGAGCGGAUCACACCCAAAAGCGUUAGCGAUGAAGGUGAAAAUCUUCGUCGUGAAUCUCCGACGGCGGAGGAAGACCUGGAGUUCUCUGGUGUGGCCAUUGGUGUGCAAUACAGUGGAUACACCGACAAUCACCUAUUUUUUACAAUUCCUCAUCUCCAAAAGGAACUGGAAUGGGCAUGGGAAUGGCUUACCGAGCUUCCAAUCUGUGAAUGCAUCCUAGUGGUUAUUUGCCCUGCGAUGGACUUUUUUGCCCUUCCCACAAAUUCCACCCCUGUCUGGGCUUUGAAACAACCGAGUUCCGAACCGGAGGAUGCUGACGAAGUUGCUGAUCAACUGGCAGAUGGGCUGGAACCGCCAGAGGCUGAAAUAACAGAUGGGCCCGAACAAAAUGACGUAGAGGCCCAAAAGCUUCAAAAUCUGGCUCACCAACCUGCUGGGCCUUCUGAGCAGAGACCGGAAGAGGAGGGGGAAGAAGACCAAGAGACUGUCCAGGUCACGGUGAAUACUUACUGGAGUCAGACAUAUAUCUACCAAGUGAGCCCUAACCUCACUAUGGAAAGCUUAAUGGAUAAAAUUCGUGAAGUAAAAAAUGUGAGGAAAGAAUGGUGUUAUUUCAUUCGUCCUGGUUUCGAUGAUAUUAUUGCUGAAGACGAAGUGGUGGGCUUCUAUGCCUUCGAUAGGAAGGCCAGUUUUAUACUAAAGGUUAGAGCGAGACCCGGUUCUAUAAUGUCCCAACAAGUAAUGCACCACUGACGAUGAAAUUGGAUUGACCUCUACAAUGUAAUACACUAAAUCUGAUAUUCAGUAUAUUCGGACGAUAAAAUUGGAUUGAAUUCUACAAUUUCCAGAUCAAUGCAUAUCGGUCAUUUUUGCCUCUUGCUUUUCAAAAAAAAA